GCUGGGCCACUUCCCGUUCCCGUUCCCGCCACUGUACCUUUUUGUCCUUUUUAAGGCGUUUUACUCCUGCAGGACUCUCGGGAAGGAUGGCCACACGAGGAAAAUGGUGUCUCUUCUGCGACAAAUGGAUCAAAAACGACCUUCUGGUCAGGUCCAUUUCGUCAAGAAUGGACGAGGAGGUGGAGGAUUAUUGGAAACUUCAUGAAAAAUCGCUUGCCCAUUCAACAAAGAAGAAGGCACGUGGCGAAUUCCCUAACGUUACGUGGGAUGGACACACAAUCUACGCUUCUUUCGCAGCUGGACAAAAGAUUUUGGACUUUCAGCAAAUGAGCCAGACGAUGAGAAAGCACGGCUACACCACGCGAGUGCAUUCAAUCGACAACGACGCUUACAUCGUCGGCUUCCGAGAUCAGAUCGGCGCAGAGAAGGCUUUGACGAAUCAGGGUGGAAACAUAAUCACGAGGCCGAUAUUUAAGAGUGCCCCGAAAGCGACGAACAAGCCUGUGCCGAGACUGGACGCGAGCGACCCUUGGGAGGCGCAGGCCAAGCAGCUGGCCGUCGCCUUCAAGUUGGCUGUGACGCCGGAAGUCGAGGAGCAGCACCGCAAGCAGCAAGACCACCUUUUGACCGACAUUGUGACAACCUUCCAGCCUCUGUGCAGAAAGGUCGAUUGCUUCGUCUACGGCUCCAGGGCCACCGGCCUGGCAGAUAUCGACAGCGACAUUGAUGUCCAUAUUAAAUUAGACUACGCAGAUUGCGACUUCGAGAAGCCGUUGAGCAAAGAAUCUCACGAGAAACUGCUGAGGGCGGCGGUGAAGCUGCUGCGGAGGAAGCCUCUGGUGUUCAGCAACACGUACUUCGUGCUGGCAGCCAGGGUGCCGGUGCUGCACUUUGUGCACAAUCCGACCAACGUCGAGUGCGACGUCACCUUCAAAAACAUGCUCGGCGUGCACAACAGCCAGUUCUUGAGGUUCGUGGGCGCGCAGGACGAGCGCAUCUUGCUGCUCUUGUUCGUGGUGAAGCGGUGGAGGAAGGCGCACAGCCUGCCAAUGUCCAACUACUGCUUCACCAUGCUGGCCAUUUUGUUCCUGCAAACGCUGGCGCAGCCGCUGCUGCCGCCCAUCCUGCAGCUCAAGGGCGACGCGGACAGGCUGGUGCUCGAGCAGGGCUGGGUCUGCGGCUUCAGCAGUAAGCGCAUCACCAACCACAACCGCAGCUCCCUCAAGCAGCUCACUGUCGCCUUCUUCGGCUUCCUCGCGCGGCUCGACUUCGGGGUGGACGUCAUUUGCCCGAUGACCGCGUCCACGAUCGAAAAGUGGAGGUUCCUGCGAGCCGAGACGCUGCCCGAGGAGAUGCAGGGUCUGGCGCGGUUUGACAAGAAGGAAGGUCUGUUGGUGAAGAAGCCGGUGUGCGUGCAGGAUCCCUUUGAGCUCAACCACAACGUCGCCAAAAACCUGGGCGCCAAGGACUCGAUUGAGCUGACGACCUUUUGCGCAAAACUGGCGGAAUACUGCGAACUCAAGACCAAUCUCAGCAUCGAAGAUUUGCUGAAGUUUUCCCCGAGCUGCGAAAACGUGAACCUUCAAGACAACUCAUUCACUAAAAAAAUCUUCCUGCAAAACUUCUUUCCAGCAGAUUUGGAGCUGCUCAAAAGCAAAAGCAUCCGCGAACUUUGGUUCGAGGACGUGGUGAGGGUGAUUUACGACCUGUUCAAGGACGUGCUCGACUGCAGCAUCCAGAUGGACUCUCCGCCAAGAAAAGAGGAAAAAAUGGCUGGCAAGAGCGAGCGGCUGGCCGCGUGGACUUUGAGCACUCGGACAAUGCUCUUGAGCGGCCGCAAGAAGCAGCAGGUGAACGUGAAGGCGUGCUACUUCAUCAGAGAGGCGAUGACCUCGAGAGUGAUGAUCAACAACAUGGACACGACUUCCAGAGAAUUCCUAGAAGUGCUGACGUUCAAGACGGAGGUGACGCCCCACGUGAAGCCCACCUACGUCCAAGUCCGCCUCAGGAAUGCGGGAAGCGCUGCAGACUCUUUCCACGCCCUGUGCUGCUUUCUGGACAAAAACCUGCAGAGCAUGGUGGACAAAAGUCUGGCGAGUCCGUACCAAAAGCUGUGGCAGGCGCUGAACCGAGGCUGCUUCUCGCUCGACGAGCAGCUCAACUUCCUCUCGGUGCAAGCCAAGAAAAGUCCAAGGCCUGUCGAGGACUCGCCCAACAAUCCUUUCCUGGAGGCGAUUGAUAAAGUCAAUGACGGUGAUUAAUUAUCCUUUCAUUUCUAGUGAGACGCGAAUUCUAAAAGAAUUUUAAUAUUUAGUCAGAAAAUUCAUAUUAUUUUACUCAUGUGAUCUUUUUAAUUUAAAUGUAAACCCAGUGAUUGCAAUAAUUAUGUAUAUUU